AUGUCUGGAAGCGCUGGAUACGAUAGACAAAUCACCAUCUUCUCCGAUCAGGGACGAUUAUACCAAGUUGAGUAUGCAUUCAAAGCUAUCACGGCGGCAAAUAUCAUGUCGGUUGGCGUAAGGGGUAGAGAUUGCGCUGUAGUACUGUCUCAGAAGAAAGUCCCUGACAAGCUCAUCGAUCCUUCCUCGGUCUCCCAUAUCUUCCAGUUAUCACCUUCUGUGGGUUGCGUUAUGACCGGGUCGAUCGCAGACGCCAGAGCGUUUGUUCAGAGAGCCAUUGGUGAAGCCGCCGAAUUUAGAUAUAAGUUUGGAUAUGAAAUGCCCUGCGAUGCCUUGGCCAAAAGAAUUGCCAAUAUCAGUCAGGUCUACACACAACGGGCAUAUAUGCGUCCAUACGGAGUUGCCACUACGCUCAUUUCAUUGGACUCCGAAUAUGGACCCCAAUUGUAUAAAUGUGAUCCGGCUGGGUACUACACAGGAUACAAGGGCACUGCGUCGGGUCCCAAGCAGCAGGAGGCAUUCAAUCACCUCGAGAAGAAGCUCAAGAACAAGGAUUGUGCAGAAGGCACGUGGGAAGAGGUUGUGGAACUUGGAAUUACCACGUUAAGCACCGUAUUGAGCGUAGAUUUUAAGAAAGGCGAGUUGGAGAUUGGAAUCGUGGGGGGACCACGGACGGACGGGAAGGAGGGGACAGAUCCGGGGUUCAGAGCGCUCACCGAGGAGGAAAUCGAUGAGCGACUACAGGCGAUUGCAGACAAAGAUUAA